AUGAAAAAUGAUUAUAAAAUCAAAUCAUCUUCCAAUGAGAGUCAAAACAUAAUUCCAGAUAUUGAACAUACACAACUAACUAUUGAUACUCCUAAUACGAACAUAGAAAUAAAUGACGAACAUAAUAACAUAGAUAAUACAAUUGAUAAAAAAUCUAAGAGAUUCAGAAGAUUAGAUAGUCAAAGUUCAUAUCUAUGUGGCUCUAAAGAGUUAGCUCUUAAUGAAAAUAAUAAUCAUGGUGAAAGCUCGCUAUUGAACAAUAUAAAUUUACGAGUUGCAAAUAUCCUUCAAACAAAUGAAAUGGGUGAACCUAUGAAAGAAACAUCACAAAAUUUAAUUAAAAAAAAUGUUCAUAAUAAUAAACAGCAAAUUGAAGAAAAAGAUGACCUAUUAUAUACGCGUAGAAAGAUUUAUAACAGAGAUUUUGAAAAAAAUAAGGUACCAGAUCAAAUAAUGUUCCGAAAUAUAAAUCAAAAUUUAGAAACUAACAUUGUAUUUUCGGAGUUUAAAGUNAAUCAAAAUUUAGAAACUAACAUUAUAUUUUCGGAGUUUAAAGUAAGCAGGACAAGAAAAAUAAUACGAAAAAUAUAUAUAGAAGAUGGAAAAGAAACAAUAGUUGAAGAAGUCGUAGAUGAUGAUCCAUAUAAUGAAAAUUCAGAACAAAUAGAAAGAAAAAUUGACAAUCAAUCGUAUAAAAAAUCAUUUGAUGUUAUAGACAGUCCAAGUAUAGUGAAUAAAUCCACAGAAACAAUAAAAAAUAAUUCACAAUCAACCAUUGUUAGUAAAACUCGAACUGUGAAAAAAAUCAUUAUUAACGGAAAAGAACAUAUUAUUGAAAAUGAAAUGACAGAUUUUGAAUCUGGUGGCCAAAAUGAAAGUAUAGAAUAUAAGCCUAGUAAUAGUGACAUAAAAUCAUUACAAAAAAUAAAAACUAAAAGUAAAUUCAAUGAAAAUAAAAUUAAUACUUAUAAUGAACUCGUAUCUGGAAGUGAAAAAGGGAUGAGCAUACUAGGUAGAGAAAUUAAACGUGACACUACAAUUCAAUUACCACUUAUCAUUCCAAGAAAGUUAAAAGAUAAAAGUCAAGUAAAAAGUGAAUUGCCAUUUGUAAAGAGUGAAACAAAUUAUGAAGAAAACUCUAUGCCAUAUAAUAACAUAGAUAUCACUAAUAUAAAUGAAAAAUCAAUGGAAAAAAAAUAUUCUGAAUCUUAUUUAAAAAAAGAGCAGAAAAUAAACAAUAAUUUUGAAUCAACAAGUUUUAAUACGCAAAAAAUAAUACCAUCCGGAAGAAAUGAAUCAUUUAGAAACGAAUUUAUUGUAAAAGGAUUAUCAAAUUUAAAUAACCAAGGUGAUAUUGCACAAACUGAAAAUAGUUACAUUGAAUAUACUGAACAAAAAAAUGCACCACAUAUAAAAAAACCAACUUUACAAAUUAAUAGUAAAAAAAUAAAAGAAAAACCACAAAACUUAGAAAUAGAUGACACUAGAAAACCUAUACCAAAAGUUAGAAAGCCCAAGGAAACAAACGAAAAUAUUAUUAAAAGUAUAUCAGAUUGUGAAAUGAAAGAAAAAACUAAAGAAGGCAAAAACUUCUCAGACGAAAUUACAUAUCAAAAAAAAAUAAAACGAAACAUACAAUUAAAGAAAGAAAAACCACAAUCAUUGUUAACAAAACUAAUGGGAAAAAGCAAAAACCUUAAUAAACAUGAAUUCAAAACAACAAAACAGGAAUUAUUCAAAACAGAUACAUACAAACAAGAUAUAGCUCAAAAAAUAGAAUUAGGAUCGCCACCAACACCCAAGCCAAGAAAAAUAAAAGAUAUUCAAAUUACAAACAAAAGUAACAAACAUAAAAACCCUAAAGCCAUUGAUGUAUCGAAAAUGACUAAUGUACAAUUACCCAAUAUAGAACAAAUGGAGAUAGAUAUUAGUAGUCACAGAGAGUAUGGAAAACCAGAAAUACCGAAUAACUCUUUUCCAAAAAUCACCCAAAAUGAUCCGAAAUUAAUAAAUAAAAUGUAUAUAAAAACAAUAAAUACCGUUGUUGAAAUACCGGGCUUCGAUAUAAAAAAGACUGAAAAUCCCAGUCAAUUUGACGUUAUAUUACCAGAAAUUAAACAAACGUCGGACAAUAAAACAGCGCUUAUCAGAAGAGACAAUGUACACAGAAAAUUGCAAGGUGUUGAAUUGCCAUAUAUAGACGUAAAAAUAUCAGACGAACAAAAACCAAUAAUCUAUAUGGACAAAUCUAAAUCGAAGUCAUUCUUAGGUAGAUUCAUAGGGAAAACCAAAAAAAGCAGUGUAGAAAAAUUUCCAGAAAAAGAUUUAGUAACUGAAGUUGAUAUAAAAGCAGAAAUAUCACAAUUUCUGGAAAAGGAAAGAAAUAUCUAUGAUGAAUCAAAAACAAUAGAUGAAAAACACGCAAAAGACAUCCUAGAUGAGGAUAUAAAAAAGGCCAGUCUAAUCGACGAAACAUUACCCGAGGUUGAACUACAAUCACUGAAUGUAACAUUUACUAAAGGAGAAAGUAAAGUGGACAAAAAUUUGACUAUGGUUGAAAUGCCUUCAACAAAUGUUAACAUACCUAAAGUCGAAAUACCAUCUCUGAAUAAAAAGACACGUAAAAAAGAAGGUAAAGUUAACAUAAUUUUGCCAGAGGUUGAAUUGCCAUCAUUAAACACUAAAUUAUCUAAUGUUAUACCACCUUCAGUGAAUGUAAAAUCUCUUAAUAUAGAUAGCAAAAUAGACAAUACGAUAACAGAGGUUGAAUUGCCAACAGUAAAUUUAAAAAAUCCUAAAGGAAAAGACAACUUAACUACGAAAUUACCAGACGUUGAAUUGCCAUCAGUAGAAGAUGAAUUACCUAACGUUGAACUUCCAUCGCUAAAUGUAUUAUCUCCUAAAUCUGAUGGCAAUGUCGAUAUUACGAUUUCGGAGGUCGAAUUGCCAACAGUGAGCGUAAAAACUCCUAAAGGAAAAGGCAAAUUAACUGCGAAAUUGCCAGGAGUGGAAUUGCCGUCUGUAGACGUUAAAUUGCCUGACGUUGAAUUACCAUCACUAAAUGUAAAAUCUACCAAAGGACAAGGCAAGCUAACUGCAAAAUUGCCAGGAGUGGAAUUGCCAUCUGUAGACGUAAACUUAUCUGAUGUUGAACUACCAUCACUAAAUGUAAAAUCUCCUAAAGAAGACGGCAAAUUAGACUUUACGAUACCGGAUGUUGAACUACCAUCACUAAAUGUAAAAUCACUUAAAUCUGAUGGCAAAGUCGAUAUUGCUAGUUCGGAGGUCGAAUUGCCAACAGCGAGCGUAAAAACUCUUAAUGGACAAGGCAAGCUAACUGCAAAAUUGCCAGAGGUUGAAUUGCCAUCUGUAGACGUCAAAUUACCUGACGUUGAACCACCAUCACUAAUUAUAAAAUCUACCAAAGGACAAGGCAAGCUAACUGCAAAAUUGCCAGGAGUGGAAUUGCCAUCUGUAGACGUAAACUUAUCUGAUGUUGAACUACCAUCACUAAAUGUAAAAUCUCCUAAAGAAGACGGCAAAUUAGACUUUACGAUACCGGAUGUUGAACUACCAUCACUAAAUGUAAAAUCACUUAAAUCUGAUGGCAAAGUCGAUAUUGCUAGUUCGGAGGUCGAAUUGCCAACAGUGAGCGUAAAAACUCCUAAAGGAAAAGGCAAAUUAACUGCGAAAUUGCCAGGAGUGGAAUUGCCGUCUGUAGACGUUAAAUUGCCUGACGUUGAAUUACCAUCACUAAAUGUAAAAUCUACCAAAGGACAAGGCAAAUUAACUGCGAAAUUGCCAGGAGUGGAAUUGCCGUCUGUAGACGUUAAAUUGCCUGACGUUGAAUUACCAUCACUAAAUGUAAAAUCUACCAAAGGACAAGGUAAGCUAACUUCAAAAUUGCCAGAGGUUGAAUUGCCAUCUGUAGACGUCAAAUUACCUGACGUUGAACCACCAUCACUAAUUAUAAAAUUUCCUAAAGGACAAGGCAAGCUAACUGCGAAAUUGCCAGAGGUUGAAUUGCCAUCAGUAGACGUCAAAUUGCCUGACGUUGAACUACCAUCGCUAAAUGUAAAAUCUACCAAAGGACAAGGCAAGCCAACCGCAAAAUUGCCAGAGGAUGUUUUACCAUCAGUAGACGUCAAUUUACCAGAUGUUGAACUACGAUCGCUUAAUGUAAAAUCUCCCAAUGUAGAAGGCAAAUUAACUGCGAAAUUGCCAGAGGAUGUUUUACCAUCAGCUGACGUAAAUUUACCAGAUGUUGAAAAACCAUCACUAAUUAUAAAAUCUCCUAAAUCUGAUAGCAAUGUCAAUAUUAAGAUUUCGGAGGUCGAAUUGCCAACAGCGAGCGUAAAAACUCUUAAUGGACAAGGCAAGCUAACUGUAAAAUUGCCAGAGGUUGAAUUGCCAUCUGUAGACGUAAACUUAUCUGAUGUUAAACUACCAUCACUAAAUGUAAAAUCUCCUAAAGAAGACGGCAAAUUAGACUUUACGAUACCGGAUGUUGAACUACCAUCACUAAAUGUAAAAUCACUUAAAUCUGAUGGCAAUGUCGAUAUUGCUAGUUCGGAGGUCGAAUUGCCAACAGUGAGCGUAAAAACUCCUAAAGGACAAGGUAAGCUAACUGCAAAAUUGCCAGAGGUUGAAUUGCCAUCUGUAGACGUAAACUUACCUGAUGUUGAACUACCAUCACUAAUUAUAAAAUCUCCUAAAGGACAAGGCAAGCUAACUGCGAAAUUGCCAGAGGUUGAAUUGCCAUCUGUAGACGUCAAAUUACCUGACGUUGAACCACCAUCACUAAUUAUAAAAUCUACCAAAGGACAAGGCAAGCUAACUGCAAAAUUGCCAGGAGUGGAAUUGCCAUCUGUAGACGUAAACUUAUCUGAUGUUGAACUACUAUCACUAAAUGUAAAAUCUCCUAAAGGAAAAGGCAAAUUAGAUUUUACGAUACCGGAUGUUGAACUUCCAUCACUAAAUGUAAAAUCACUUAAAUCUGAUGGCAAAGUCGAUAUUGCUAUUUCGGAGGUCGAAUUGCCAACAGUGAGCGUAAAAACUCCUAAAGGAAAAGGCAAAUUAACUGCGAAAUUGCCGGAAGUUGUAUUGCCAUCUGUAGACGUUAAAUUACCUGACGAUAAACUACGAUCGCUUAAUGUAAAAUCUCCUAUUGUAGAAGGCAAAGUAGACAUUACCAUUCCUGAA